GAACCAAGUCUACAUUCAAAGAUACACAGCUAUAAAAGGCAGUGACUGACCUUAUUCCCUGUCCACAUCCUAUACCCCUUUACACACACGUGCGCACACACGUACACCAUCCCAGCUACACAAUGCCAGCGGAUUACAAUGGAACGUGGGAGAUGAUCACCAAUGACAACUUUGAAGAUGUUAUGAAGGCCAUGGAUAUCGACUUUGCCACUCGUAAGAUUGCGGUGCAUCUCAAACAGACUAAGGUCAUUGUGCAAAAUGGAGACAAAUUUGAGACCAAAACGCUCAGCACCUUCAGAAAUUAUGAGGUCAAUUUCACUAUUGGGGAAGAGUUUGAGGAGCACACAAAAGGACUGGACAAUAGAGUUGUUAAGACCCUGGUGACAUGGGAUGGUGAUAAAUUGGUAUGUGUACAAAAAGGGGAGAAAGAGAACCGUGGUUGGAAACAGUGGAUUGAAGGAGAUCUACUUUACCUGGAUAUCCACUGUCAGGACAAAGUCUGCCAUCAAGUUUUCAAGAAGAAAAAUUAACGCUUUUUAAAUAACUGGAUGAUGUUGUGCUGUAUAUAUUUGUUAACGCAAUUUAAAUAAACAGCUAAAACCAAACAA